GGCUGUGGUGUGCUGCUUCGCUCUCGUGUUACACAGCGGGUGGAUGGAGCAGGUGCUCUCUGCUUACCGCGCGCUAUUGCUAGGCGACCAGCGUGCUCAGUGACCCGGUUCAGGCUCCGCCGAGGCUCGCGCUCUCACUCUAACGAGCCUGUCUUUAUCAGCAGCUCCGCGCUAAACCCGACGCAGAGUUCCACUCACAUAGCUAGUGUUAGGUAGACUACCUGCCAGGCGAGACAGAAGAUGUCUGGUCCGGGGAAUCGAGUGAUGCUGGUGCUCGGAGUGGCGGUGCUGCAUGCGGUGUCUGCUCUGAUCGAGCCAUCGAUCAAUGCGUCCGACCACCUCACCCUACCAAUAGAUUACCACGGACCAUCAGUCACACUGCAGUGUAACCUGACUACCUCUCAGUUCACCCAACGUGAGAGCUACUGGAUGAAGAAUGGAGAGGAGAUCCAAGGCACACGGACAGAGCAGAGGGCCAUUGAGUACACAAUCACUAAACCAAGGGCAGAUGAUGCAGGGGAGUAUAUGUGUGUGUACACAUUUGACCUGGGCCCUCCUGCCAAUGCCACCAUUGAAGUGAAAGCUGCUCCAGACAUCACAGGACACAAGCGCAGUGAGAAUAAGAAUGAGGGAGAACGCGCUGUCCUCUAUUGCAAGUCCGCUGGCUACCCUAAUCCUACCUGGUCCUGGCGCAAGUUAGACAGUGGCUCUUUUGACAUUGACAACUCCUCUGGCCGCUUUUUCAUCAGCAACAAGGACAGCUACACAGAGCUGUUAAUCAUUAACCUGGACAUCAAUUCUGAUCCUGGAGAAUAUGAGUGCAACGCCACUAAUAUUGUUGGCACCUCUCGUAUGACCUCAGUGCUUCGCGUGCGGAGUCACCUGGCUCCCCUCUGGCCCUUCCUGGGCAUCCUUGCUGAAAUCAUCCUUUUGAUCCUCAUCAUUGUCAUCUACGAGAAAAGCAAGAAGCCUGAUGAAGUUCCAGAUGAUGAUGAAUCAGCUGGCCCAAUGAAAACUAAUUCAACUAACAAUCACAAAGAUAAAAACCUACGUCAAAGGAAUACAAAUUAAACCAACCACUAGUACAAUGAAGACAUUCAUAUCAUGACCAUACGAACGUAACACAAAGGAGUUCAUUGUUUAAGAAAGCAUAUAUUGGUGUUAAGAAAGUAUUGGUGAGAUGAAAUAUAUACGUCCACUCAAGGCAUGCCUUAUGAAUGUGUUGGCAAGAGGAUGUCUUAUAAGAAACAUUACUAAUAAUAGUGUAAAUAUUAUGAACAUUUUAUUGCAUGAUUGUGUUGCUUUCAAUAUUUGUCUUUCAUUCACAAUGCCUUUUCUUUUUCAUGUCAAAACUAGAGAUAUGUAGUGCAUGCAAUAUAUUAACCUGCUGUUUGAGAAAGACAUGAGAAUUUGUGUAUUUCAGAGUGACAUCAUGUAGAUAAUAUUUAUAUUUUAGGCAAAUCUUCAACUUUGCAUUGUAAGCCAAUCUACCACCAUGUUUCUGGUAUGACAGUUUUUGUACAGUUUAUCAUUUCACUGCAUAUCUUUGCGUAAGGUGGCUUAUCAUUUUAUCGGUUAACUUUAUUUAAGUCAUAGGUUUCAAUAAUGGAUAAGGGCUUUACAAUGUCCUGUAAUGUUCCAGUUUUACAUAUAUGGUACAUGACUUUAUUUAUGUAUGUAUCAUGACUCUGGAGAUAUCCAUAGUUAUUUGAAUGUUAUCCAUUCUGAUGCACUAAGUGUUCAGAUGAAUUCUGAAUUGGUAAUGUCAUUUUCUAAUGCUAAACCUUAUCUAUCUAUGACUCAGCUUUUUACAUAUGCAUACUAUACAGCAUGGCUUUUAUCCUAUGCAAUAUUUGUUCAUAAAUAUAAAUAUAUAUAUAGUAGAAUAAGCAUUUUUUACUAUUGGCUUUUGGUUGUGUGUUAAAGCUUUAAUAUGAUAGGUUUGCCAUUGAUAGCAACGUGCACUGUUCAGACUAAGAAUGAGCCCUGGAAAUAUCCAGCUUCACACAGCACCAUUCCUUCUGCAUGAGCUUCCUGCCAGUGCAGACGCCCAACUCCACAGACAAAAGAAAGUCAGACAAAGUGGAUGGUCAUAAGGCACUUCCAUAUCAUUUUUAACAAUUAAACAUUCUAAUUUUA